AUGUGUUCCGUGUUUCUUGUCUUCUUCGUCCUCUUCCUACACCAGACAGCCUCCAUUCUAGAUCAUCCACACACCUUGAGAAACUGUACUGAAAAAGAAUUCAGGUGUGAUAAUGGUCGUUGCAUCCCAUUACAUUGGAAAUGUGAUAAAGAAAAUGACUGCCUAGAUGAAAGUGAUGAAAGCCGUCAACAUUGUAAUUUUACAAAAUGUGGAGUAUUUUAUUUUGAAUGUGAACCUGGAAUAUGUAUACCUGAUUCAUGGAUUUGUGAUGGCCAACCAGACUGUAUGAAUGAGCUGGAUGAAAAAAACUGCACAAAGACAUGUAGAACCGAACAGUUUACUUGUAAAUCUGGAGAAUGCUUACCUCAGUUCAUGAUAUGUGAUAAUGAUAAGGAUUGUAAAGAUGGCUCUGAUGAAGUAAAUUGUACCAGUAAGUGUAAAAACAGUAAAGAUUUCCAAUGUCCUGACAAAACUUGCAUACCAGACACCUGGCGCUGUGAUGGCGAAAAUGACUGUAUUGAUAAUUCAGAUGAAAUGGGUUGUCCACACUCUAGAUUUUCCUUCUGCCUUGAAAAUGAAUUUCAAUGUAAAGAUCGUAGAACAUGUAUAAAUCCUUCUUGGGUAUGUGAUGGACAUGAGGACUGCCUAGAUGGUGAUGAUGAAAGUCCAGAUAUGUGUGUUGUAAGUUGUCGGUCUGAUCAGUUUAAAUGUAAGAAUCAAACUUGUAUUCCUGGUUAUCUUUUUUGUAAUGGUCAUCCUGAUUGUUCUGAUGGAAGUGAUGAAGAAAAUUGCCUCAGCACUGGGGUUAUUUUUUCGUGCAAGGAAAAUGAAUUUGAUUGUGGACAUAACAUUUGUAUUCCUGACAGUAAAGUUUGCGAUAAAAAACCAGAUUGUCCAAAUAAUGAAGACGAACCAUUCAACAAGUGUAAUUUAAAUGAAUGCAAUGAUAACAAUGGUGGUUGUUCACAUUUUUGCAUUGACACAGCAACUAGCUACUACUGUUCUUGUAAAGCUGGAUUCAAAUUAGCUGGGAAUCAUUCUUGUGAAGAUAUAAAUGAAUGUGACAAUCCUGGUUCAUGUUCUCAUAUGUGCAUAAAUGAAGAAGGUACUUAUAAAUGUGAAUGCCAACCUGGCUAUUUAAAAGAUCCUUAUGAUCGUACACGAUGCAAACCAACAGAGGGGCAUACACAGUUGUUGUUAACUCGAACUCAUGAUAUCAGAAUAAUGUCAGUUGAUCACAAAGAUAUGACAGUAGUUGUAAAUGACACAAGAUCUGCAACUGCCCUGGACUUUGUAUAUAAAACAGGAAUUAUAUUCUGGAGUGAUGCAAUUGAGCAAAAAAUUUACAAAGCUCCAAUUGACCAAGGAAACGCCCGUAUUGUAGUUAUAAACAAUGAUGUCACAACUUGUGAUGGUCUAGCUGUUGACUGGAUCUAUAAUCAUAUAUAUUGGACUGACACAGGAAAGAACACAAUUGAAGUAGCCACCUUUGAUGGUAUUAUGAGAAAAACUUUAAUUUCACAUGAACUGGAUGAACCAAGAGCAUUAGCAUUAAAUCCUUUUGAAGGUUGGAUGUAUUGGAGUGACUGGGGAGAAGAAGGAAAAAUUGAAAGAGCUGGAUUAGAUGGAACACACCGGCAAAUUAUAGUAUCAUAUGAUAUUAAGUGGCCAAAUGGACUUACUAUAGACUUAGUAAGACAUAGAUUGUACUGGGCUGAUGCAAAACUUAAUCUAAUAUCAUCCGUGAAUUAUGAUGGAUCAGAAAGGACUGUUAUUUUAAAGUCUUCUGAGACAUUGCAUCACCCAUUUUCUAUUUCAGUUUUUGAAGAUGUUGUUUAUUGGACUGAUUGGGAAAAACAAACAAUUUUUAAAGCUAACAAAUUUAAUGGGUCCAAUGUAACUCCACUAAUUCCAAUCCGUAAGCUACAAAGUCCUAUGGUUGUUCAUGUGUAUCACCAAUACCGACAGCCGAAUGGAACAAAUUACUGUCUGGAAACUAAGGCAAACUGUUCUCAUCUCUGCUUGCCAGCACCUUUCAUUAAUUUGAACUCUCCUAAAAUCACCUGUGGUUGUCCUGAUAAUCUAGAACUCAUGCAAGAUGGUCUGAAGUGUGUUCAAAGAGGAAAUUCAACUAGUGGAGAAAAAAUUCUUCAUAUACCCAUACCUCCUCCAAAAAUUACACGACCAUUGCCUGCAGAAUAUAGUAGUGGCCCUGUCUUAGCUAUUGUGAUCUUGAGCAUUGCUCUAUUUAUUGUAUCUUCUUCAUUAAUUGCAUUUUAUGUAUAUCGAAACUUUUUAAACAAGAACACCAGUGUAAAUUUUGAUAAUCCUGUUUACCGGAAAACAACUGAAGACAACUUUUUCCUAAAUAAGUCUCAGCCACAAUCUGGAUGUGCAACCUUAAGUGAUGGUCUCCAAAAGCAACUAACUAAUGAUGGUGGAAAAGAGUAUGUGUAA